UAGAAGAUCUUCAAAAGAACGGAAAUCAGCUUUCCGUACCAAUCGUACCAGCUAAACGCCCCACUCUGGUCUCAGACUCCCCCCAGCGAACACACGCUUUUGUAAAUGUUUGUGUUAUGUUUUUGAAUUGUUCAACACCAACCAAAUGUUUAUCAGUUUAUUGUGUGUGCAUGCGAAGAGAUAAAAAAGAACAAUUCCACAAAUUCCUCUCGAUCGUUUUAGUCGUUAAUUGUGCGGUGAAUAAGUGGUGCCAAUAUGGAUUUUGUCAAAGAAAAUGACCUAGGGUGGAUGGAAGAUAAUUCUAGUCAAUCUACCAGUGUUCCGGAAAUAAUUGAGGAAUCAAACGAAAUCGGAACAGUGGUGAUCUUCGUGAUUUCAGCGAUACUUACCAUUACCUUGCUCUUUGGAGUGGCCAUUUUCAUAGACUGCAGACAACAGAAACUAAUCAACCUGCAACAACAACGCAAACCAAAGAAAGUAUUAAAAAUCAGGAUCCCGAGGCUCGGAAUGGGCCGUGCCAUCCGUGAGGACGAAGCCUCUUUCGCCGACAAAAUGCAAGAACCUGAACCAUCCUCAUCCCAAGUGAUAGUCUAACCGAUCAAAAUGUAGCUCAAUUGUACAUAAUUUAUCAUCUCUCUAAUCAUAAAUAUGGUCUUAAUUUAUACGAAAAGACUGACGGUGUAAUAAAUCCGUAUUUUACUUAA